CUAUGCAAUUUCCGUUUUAAAAAAACUUAUUAUUGUUGAAACGAUGUCCCAUUUUCCCACGGAAGAUGAAGAAUUCGAGCUUAUGUACGGCGACGAUCUGGAUCUGUUAAGAGAACAAGAUAACGAUGAUUUUGAUGUAGUGACCGUUUCUAAAGCGAGGAAAAGUUUAAAUUUCGAUACCACUUCGCAAACCGACCAAAUUGAAGCAGAAAAAGACGGGCCAAGUCAACGCGUUUUGGAAGACUCCUUUGAAACUGAUCUAAUAGAAUUUUCCAAUGGGGGCGCUUCCCAUGAUGACGGCGCUGCUGCCGACAAUAGAAAACGAACCGUUGAGGACCUUUUCGGCGAUAUCGACGAUAUUUUGCUCGACCGAGAAACCUCAAUUGCCAAAAAGCCAAAGCUUGACAAGCAUAAAGAAGACAUUGAGAUGAUAAAUAGGAUAGUCGAUAUGCGGAGAACCAAUUUGCACAAUCAGAGCCUGACUGUGAGAGCCAGAGAUAAAGCGAAGUUGAACGUUGAGAGAGAUAAGCAGAAUCUUUCUUACAGCGUUCCUAAGUAUCCUUUUGUCCGAGUUUUACGACCCGAUGGUGAGCAUGUUUAUGUGAGGUGUCAUUCUGAGGAAUAUGAAAAGGAAGAAACACAGAGGAUGAUGGAGGAGUACAAUUUUGGAGGUAUAAUGGGGGAUAGUUUCCAGGAAGUGUGGAAUGAGGCUAGGCAAUUGCUUCAAGCUCCAAAUGUUGAAUCAGUAGAGGAAACUGAUGAAAUUCAAAUGCUGGACCAAAAAGAGCAAGACAAGCAGUUGUGGGUUGAACUCUACAAGCCUAGAAAGUACCUGGAACUCUUAAGUGACGAAAGUAUCAACAGGACUAUGCUGAGGUGGAUGAAACUGUGGGACAAGGCCGUGUUUAAUCGGCGACCCAAAAUUAGAGCCACGCCACAGAUGAACGAAAACGCGAAGCCUUUUUUUAAGAAAUUCGAGCUGAGUACAAAGCUAGAUGAGCACGGAAGGCCCGAAUAUAAAAUCGCGUUGUUAUGUGGUGCUCCAGGCUUGGGCAAAACCACUUUGGCUCACAUGGUUGCGCGACAUGCUGGUUAUAAUGUGGUAGAGAUCAACGCUUCUGAUGACAGAAGCAUUGAUUUUUUUAAAAAUGCUUUGGAAACUGCAACACAAAUGCGCUCGGUGGUGGACAGAGAAAGACGGCCCAACUGCAUUGUAUUUGAUGAAAUCGACGGGGCCCCUUCGGCGUCUAUAGAUUAUUUAGUGAAGUUUGUUACUGGCUCUGCCACAGCCAAAGUCAAAAAAGGCAAGAAAGACUCCAAGCAAUAUGUCCUUAAGCGGCCAAUUAUUUGUAUCUGUAACGACGUUUACGUUCCGGCGUUGAGACCCCUGCGCCAAAUUUCUUUCAUCCUCAACUUUCCGCCCACUUCGAGCACGCGAUUGGCCGAGAGACUGAUGGAAAUCGCGCGUAGACAACAAAUUACAACCGAUUUGGGAGCGAUGAUCGCCCUGGCUGAGAAAUCCAACCACGAUAUCCGCUCUUGCCUCUCGGUUUUGCACUUUUUUAAGGUCCGAAACAAACCCAUCUUGCUCUCAGACAUUUACGCUACCGACAUCGGCCAAAAGGACGUGCAAAAAGGACUGUUUACCGUGUGGCAGGAAAUUUUCCAAUUUCAAAAACUGAAAACGGAACAUAACCGGCAACCCCGAGACCUAAGGAAGCAGAGAACGGAAAACGUCCUACGUCUGAUUAGUUCGUUCGGCGACCACGAGAGGGUCGCGCAAGGCGUCUACGAAAACUUUCCCCUGUUGAGCCACAAAAAUUUAAACGUGACGGGGGCGUGUGUGGCGCUCGACUGGUUCUGUUUCAACGACUUGAUCACGCGGCAAGUGCACGAAACGCAGAAUUACGUCAUGACUGGUUAUCUGAAUUACGCGUUUGUCGUGUGGCAUUUGGUCUUCGGCAGCUACCACAGAACGAAGUUGGUCUAUCCCAGCGCCGGGUACGAGGCGAGGGUAAAAGAGACUCGUCGCAAGGCUACAAUAGCGGAGGUGUUGAGGGGUAUGGCGCCUACGGUGCGGUGCUUCAACCAGGUCCUGCCGUUGGUACUAGACGUGUUGCCGCUGUUAGUCCGGAUCCUGGCUCCGCCUUUCAAACAGGUCAGCUUGCACCUUUACACCGAGGAGGAAAAAAAGAACAUGCUGAGGGUGGUCGGUGUAAUGAUCGAUUACAAUUUAAACUAUGUUCAAGAACGUACCGCGGAGGGUCUUUACCAGUACAAUUUGGAACCCAACAUUGAGGAGUUUGUCAUAUUCGAUAAGUCCUGCACUGGACGGAGAAUGUUGUCUUACUCCAACAAACAGCUGAUAGCGAAGGAGAUUGAGAUGGAAAAGAUGCGGCGGUUCGAGGCUUUCAAGGUUCAGAAUUCUAAGGGGGUUGCUGAGAAGUCGGUGGCAGAAGCAGGAUCGAAUAAGGGCGACGCCUUGCCGAACCACCUCCAGACCCUUAAAGCGAAGGUUAUCAAGAGUAAAACGUCGCCAAAGAAUGCCGUCAAAAAGGAUUUUUUUGGCAGAGUCGUGCAAUCCGCAACUUCUUCGUUUGGUAAAGCAGAUGGCGCGCCCAAAAACGACGUGUGGUAUUCGUACAAGGAGGGCUACAGCAACGCGGUCAGGAAGAAAAUUAAGAUCGCGAGUUUGCUGUAAAGUCCGUUGUAAAAUAUCGUUCCUGCUUUUUAUAAUUUAAAUUUAUCGUUAUACUUUCCGAAACCAGA